CUACCUCCAUCGCAUCCGGCUUCGCCCAUCACGCGCAGUCGCAUUCACUCGUCGUCGCCCCUAGUCGCGUCGCUGAUAUCCUGCUCGCAGGAUGGCGACGGCAAUCUCCAAACCUACCUCGCACACCCCUAAGAUGAAGCGACCUCCCCCGCCUUUUGUUCAGACCGGCAUGAAUGUCAAAACCACGUCAUAUAUUCUUAAGAAGUUCGCCAAACAACCUCCUUCCCUUAUCCUUCACCUCCAUCCGACCCAUUUCCGCUUCGAGCAGCAAGAUGGGAGCUUUCCUUAUAACUCGGAAAUGAAGGUCAUCAUCGAGCAUAUCCGCGCCCAAACCGUUCCCCAUGACAUGAUGGAGGAGCUGUUGCGGGCCAACGUUCGGUUCUAUGAAGGCUGUCUCAUUGUCCGUGUGGUUGAUCACAAAUCCGUCUCACAGCAGACUCGGAAGUCAGCCGUGCCUUCAUCGAAUGACAACAAUACCCCCUUCUCCAUACAUAAUUACAACGAGCACGUCACGCCAUCUGCUUAUGUACCUUAUCCGAAACUGAACCAGUUGACUUCGGAGAAGUCUGCCGCGAAGGAAACGACGUCAGAGAGUCAGGCGGACGUCAAGGCGGGCGGUGAUCAGUCUGGCAGCUCGGAAUCUCAAAGUGCAGAGAAGAAAUCGAAACCCGCUCAAUCGAAACAGCCUACUAAACCCCGAGUUUUCACCACCGUUUUACAUCCUACACCCCGUUCGAUGCACGCUGAGCUGACCCUACUUGCUACAACACCUGACCCGAAAGCAGCCAAGCAGACGACAUCGAGCUCAACAUCCCGUCCGCAGGCACCUUCUUCCACAGCCCCGUCCUCACCUGGGCCGGCCGCCACUUCCCAAUCGGACCGCCCGCCUCCUGCAAAGAGACCAAAGAUGCUGGUGGAGCCGCAUGAUAUUAUAGAAUGCGAAGCCAGAUUGACGAGAGCGUUGGCCCCUCCUCUCUACCUUCAGACUGUCAGUAGCCUUGAGGGGGUACACGAUUUAUUGAAGCACAUGGAAAGCCCGCUUCAUUGCGAUCCGCCACCAUCACCCAAGCGUAGGAAGCGGACUGUGGCUGAACUUGCUGCGGACGAAGCUCUGGCAGCGGAAGAAGAGCGUUUCAUGCUCAUCAUGGACGAGCGUCUGGAGCCAGCUACUUCAAAUGGUGCUGGUGGGCCGAAAUCGGCUGUCGUCGACGACACCGGUGGUGGUGCGCCAUUCGAGCCGCGCUUCUCAAGAUUCAAGACUCUUGAGAACAUUCGCAUGCAACAUGAGGAGAAGGCGAAGCGAGAACAUGAGAUCAAGCUCAAGCAAGAAAUGGCCAAGCGUCAACAACAACAGGAGCAAGAUAGAGAGAGACGUCGUGUUGCCGAACAGCGACAGGCUGAGGAACAUGCUAAGGAGGAGGCCCGCAGACAGCAACUCGCUGCCCAGCAAGCUCAAGCGCAGCUUGCAGCGCAGCAGCAAACGCGGCAUGCCAUGGCUCAAUCCAACGGUGUCAGUCAAGCGCCACAGUCUUCUCCUGUGGUCCGCAACCAGACACCUCAACAUAUAUCGUCGCCAGUUGUUGGUAGCGCAAGGACAACGCAAGCAGGAGUUCCUAUGAGUAUGACGCCUUCUAUGCAGGGUGCUGGAAGCCCUCCGAGACCGCCAUCCGCGCUACAGCACGCGCAUCCCAAUGUCAUGAGCCAUCCAAUGGCACCAUCCAGAAGUCAGCAAGGACAGAGCCGGCACGGUACACCACAGAUGACACAGGGUACUCCUGCCAUGUCUCACGCUACGCCUAUCAUGCGCAAUGUUACGCCAACGCAGAGAAUGAGCCACGCCAGCCCCAGCCACUCGACGAUGGCACCUACCCCAGUUCUGAACCAGGCUACCAUGAUGGCGACCCCUCAGAUGAACAACGGAAUGAGUCUCACGCCUCAGCAGCAACAGCAGAUGCUCAUACAGCAAAGAAAUCAACUUCUUGCGCAGCAAGGACACAUGAUGCACGGUCAAUUCUCGCCCAAGGUGACCCAGAUGCAAGCCAACGCGCAUGCACAGCAAAAUAUUCAAGCCCAUCAACAGCAGCAGCAGAUGCUCCAGGCUCAGCACUUCCAACAGCAGCAGCAGCAACAACAACAGCAGCAGCAACAACAGCAACAACAACAGCAGCAACAACAGCAAGCCAAGUUUUCCAACCCUCAAGCCUACCAAGCGCAAUUGAUGCGUGCACAGCUUGCACAAAUGCAAAUGGCGCAGCAACAGCAGUCGCAAGGUCAACAGACGCAAGGUCAACAAGGCCAAGUGCAUCAGAACGGGCCGCAAAUGAACCCCCAACAACAACAAAUGCUAAUGGCAGCGGCACAGGCGAAUGGAGGGCAUCUGCCGCAAAACCUGCAAGGCGUCAACAUGGCGCCGGGUGUCACCAUCGCUCAGCGUUACAACCAACUAUACCAGAACCGCUUGCUCAGGUUAAGGCAAGAAAUGGCCGGUCGACUAAUGCCGCAGUAUGGCGCACCACAGCAGUAUCCUCCGCACAUUGCACAACAGUAUAACUCUGGCCUCGAACGCAACGCCAAGCUCUGGAUCCAGGAAUUGAUGCGUCGGGAGCGGGAGCAAGUUCAGCAACAACGUGCUUCCCAAGUGGCCGCCGUUCAAGCCCAAGUGAUGCAGCAGCAACAGCAGCAGAACAUGAUGCAAAAUGGAAUGGGGAAGUAGUUACGACCUGCUGGGGCUCUAUCAUGCUACACAUUUCACUUCUUGAUCAUUUUACAUUUCUUUUCAGCCGGGCAAUAAGUUCAGCUCACUUUUUCUGGAACUUUUUUUUUCGUCUCUUCCUCGACUCUGGACUU